GUGAAAUGCCACGGGAUUAGCGAGUGCACAACAUUUUUCCACGACUCGCGCGGUUAACGAACAAACGGGAGAAUUAUGUCGAAGCCCGAUCCGCCGAAAUUCGUCACGGCACUUUUCUCCUUCAAGGGGAAGAAUAACGAUGAAUUAUGCUUCAAGAAAGGCGAUAUAAUAACGAUCACUCAAGUGGACGAUGAAGGCUGGUGGGAGGGCACGUUGAACGACAAGACUGGUUGGUUUCCCUCGAAUUAUGUCAAGGAAUAUAGAGUUCCAGAUGGUGGUCUUGCGUCAAUUAAGACGUCUCCAGAAAGGAGUCCACAAGAGUCACCUGCACAUCAAAAGCUCAAUCGUGAUAUAGUGCUGAAAGAUAUUGUUGAUUCUGAAAGAGUAAAUGUAGCUGAAUUGCAAGGACUAGUGAAUAAUUUUUUACAACCUCUUGAAACGUCGAACAUAUUGAAGAAAGAAGAGUAUAAGCAGUUACUUGGUAAUGUACAUGAGGUCUUGGAGACUCAUCAGUGUUUAUUGGCAAAUUUGGAAGGAACUGUUUUACAAGGACUCUCUGCAAGAGUAGGAAAUCUCUUUCUAACUAUCGCGCCAAGGCUAAAAUCUAUUCACACAACAUAUUGUAACAAUCACCCGCAAGCUGUUUGUAUAUUAGAUAGAUACAGAGAUGAAUUAAAUGAAUUUAUGGAGCGUAGCGGAGCAAUAUCACCUGGUAUAUUGGUAUUAACUACUGGUCUUAGCAAGCCGUUUCGAAGAUUGGAUAAGUAUUCUGCUAUGCUUCAAGAAUUAGAAAGAUACACCGAAAAAAAUCAUCCCGAUAGAGGAGAUACUCAACGUAGCAUAGCAGUAUAUAGAGAAAUCGCGGAGCAUUGCGCUUCUAUACGUAAGCAGCGUGAAUUAGCGCUUCAAAUAUUAACUAGUGGAAUUAAAGGUUGGGAAGGCGAAGAAUUAAAUUCAUUAGGCGAGAUUAUUCAUGUUGGAUCUGUGACUUUAGCAACUGGUGUAGAGCGUAGAGAUAGAUAUUUCAUUUUAUUUCCUACCACACUGUUAGUACUUAGUACUAGUGCUAGGAUGAGUUCUUUCAUUUACGAGGGAAAACUUCCGUUAACUGGCAUAAAUGUAACUGGAAUUGAAGAUACGGAUGAACUAAGAAAUGCUCUGGAGAUCACUGGGCCAAUGAUUGAAAGCAUCGUUGUGGUGUGUGGUACAAAGGAGGAGAGACAACGUUGGAUCGAUCUCUUAAUCCAGGAACAUUGCACUAACCUUUUGAAAUCGCCAACCGUGCCUCGUGUGAGUUGCCAUCAUCCUCCAUACGCUCGACUCUCGAGAUAUUUUGCGAAGCUCGUGAGGAGAAAAGUCAUAUAUCCUGAGUUGAUAAAAAAAUUGUUAUACAUUCAAUAUGUCUUGAGGCCAGAUUUGAGUAAUGUAAAAAGGAGAAAGUGUAAUGUGACCUAUACUAUUUUUCCUGCUCAUACUAGCGAGGGAUCAGAGUCAGAUACACCUACGGAAAGUAAUAUAGAAGAGGAGCCGCGAGUAUUGCGUAAAUCCUCGUUAAUACUGGACGUUAGAUAUGUAAUAAACAAUAAUGACCUUAGUAAUGUCGGAAUAACUAGUACUUCCUCGCUCACGAAUUUCGCACCGAGAGUUGACUGCGACAAUCGAUGUACCUUCGAGACUAGUAAGAGUUUACCCGCUGAUGCUGCAAUGAGUCACGUCCUGCCAAAUGUUCCACUCGCGUCAAGCAAGUCGUACACGUCGAAACUUCAAGCACGCGAUAACUUUUGUCGAGACCAUUUGGAAAGUCCACAUGGAAAUUACAGUAAUCUAACUAUGAAUUAUAAAUAUUUGAGGGCGAUCGAAGAGUCUUAUCCAAAAAACAUGGACAUCCCAGUUCGGUAUUCCAUUUCUACCCGGAACGAUAAUCGCGAUAGUGUCGGGGGAGAAUUUCGAGAAACGUGCGCAAAUAUUAGCUUACGCUCUUCGGAUUCGGGAAUGGCCGAAAGUUAUCAUUUACGUUCAUCUGAAAUCAAUUCCUGUUACAAGUCGUAUACGUCUAGUAAUACUAAAUAUACGGAUCCCGUAAGAACGUCCCAUAGCGAAAGUGACAAUGAUGAGAAUAAGUUCGAGCAUCAAUGUAUUUGCACCUCACCGUUUGGCUCUACGCCUCGAGACAGUGCUCACUCGCAGGCUUCGUUAAAAAAUAUUGAAUGUACAAGCUUGACGAAACCUAAUGAUGGUAGUAGCGAUACUAAUAACGAUUCCAGUAAUAGAGAAAGGAAAGUUCAAGAGACAGUAUUAAUUCACCCUCUGAUAAAUUAUGGAAAUAUACAAGGGAAAAGAUAUACGCAGCCGAUACCAUAUGCGCAUCAGUGCGUAAUUAAGAAAAUCGGGAGACACGCUGUGCGUCCAAUCCAGCCAAUUAUGGAGGAACAUGACGAGCCAACAAAUCAAGUGUAUUCAUCUGGAUUGUAUGCUCAUUGGUGGCUCAAGAAGUCUAUCCCGAUAUUUGGAUGCGCAGAACAAGCAGACGAGCAAUCAGCCGAACGGGAAGCAUCAACGACUGGAGCACUGUACAUCUCCAGGAAUUAAGACACCUUGGAGUAUUGCAUCAUUAAGACCCGCUCCUCCCCUGUAUUCUAAGAAUUUUGGAAAAAUA